GAUUCUUCAGGUGCACAACCACGAUUUGUGCGCAAUGGUUAGCUCUACCUGAGUUCUUAAUACUUUCAAAUACGGUCCUUACUUCUUCAACGAAAAGGGUUUUGAACCCUUGAGCUUCUCGUCAUGCCGCCCGCACCUAGGGUUCGUCCUUACAAGGACUUCUUGACACCAGCCUUGCACAGAAGAUUCGCAAGGGCAACAGCUACGCUUUUUACACUCUGCUAUGCAGAGGCUGUUUACAUAGGGGAAUGGAACUCUUUGAUCUGGUCUUGGUUUCCAUUUGGAAGAGCUGGCAUAAGAGCUGGUCUUCUGUUCAUCCCCGCCUUCAUGAUAUUUAUUCUUCGAGUCGCUCAGUUACACGUGGGUCUGCGAACAUCUAACUCGGCCUAUGAAACCUUCAAACGAUAUGCCGUGCGGGGUCAGACGAUACAGACAGCCGGCUGGUACAUUUUUUCAGCCUACCUAUUCAGCGAGGUCUACAUCUGGUCAGCAUCUAAAGAUGCAGAUCUCAAUAGGAUCAAGAUAAUACCCAGGACGGAUCGGCCAACUCUGAACGAGAAGCCCAUCUAUUUGACGAGCUAUCUACUUUUCCUUGGCCUUGUACAGACAGGCAUCCACCUGUACUACGAUUACGACCGAAUAGAUAUGCCAAUUACGAAGACGAAACCUCAAGCCUCAUCAGAUCAACAAGCAAACACUGUUCCUCCUCCUGCUGUUCAAUUAAAGGCGAAACUGCCUACAUUGGCGUCGGCCGCCCUCUAUCGUGCUGUUAUCAUGGCUGUUGUAUCUCCAUUCAUUUACUCUCUCACGAUCAGAGGUUAUGCGUGGAGCUUCACUCGUGCUUGGGCUAGGAUAUUCUGGAAUCUGCCAAAAUCCGGCGCACUUCCUAGCACUCGACCCUUCCACUGGAGCGUCCUGUUGAAAACGGGCACAGCAGGAUUUCUACUGAUCAUGCUCUGGGAAGUCGGAAAUGCGGCAUUUUCAGCCUAUGUGGCGCAGGAGCCACUGAAGAAUGAAAGACCUAUCACAUAUGAGUCCAAAGAUCCAAACGGGAGUUUGUUGACAGGCUUGAAAGGGAAGAAGUUGCAGACGAGGGCCUUUGCUUUCUGGGAGCUUGUGUACAUUGCACAGCAAUUUCAGGGUCGACGAAAAGCCAUUUUUGAAGAUAUCGACCGAAAGGGUGGUUCAACUUGGUCGCAGAUACGUGACAUAUGCCUUGAAGUUAUUACGGGAAUUGACUCACGCAUCACCGAGUAUCAAGCGCCCCCAGUGACUGCGAAGCCGGCGGAUAAAGAACAAGAAGUACCUUCAUUGCCCCGAUUAAGCGGCCCCUUAAAAGAUGGACUGAAGGAGCCAGGAGAUAUAUUUACUUCAACGCCUCCGCCUAAGUCAAAAAGUUCGGGUGUUGCCCAAGCAGUCGGCUCGUUCGCAAAGGCCCAUGGCCAAUCCCCACCUGGCCCUUCACCCCAAGCCAAGAGACUCCUGGAAAAAGCGGAGAGUGCUGUUCUUACUCCUAAGCAACGGCAAGAAGUGGAGGCUCAGGGUUUCAGUGCACUGUUCCGCGAUUGGGCAACUUGGCUCUUGAAGACGAACGUGGGUUGGCCAUUUAGACAAGAGUAUAGACGGAGGAUUGCCGCCGUAGUACUGGGGUCACCCUAUGGUGAUGCAGGGAUUAUCGUCGAUGCUAUAGAGUCAUUGACAAAGUUGGCCGUAUGCAGUCUUGCGGAGGACAAAUAUGGCAACGUCCAAAGGGACGUGAGGCUUAUUAUUCAGACCCUCACGACAAGUAUCAUGAGGUUGGAGGCGUUUAAGAAGAGCCUGGGCUUCCAUUGGACGGAUGUGGAGAAGAAGGAGGAGAGUCCGGAGGUCGAUCGCAUACUGGCUGCUCUCAAGGGUGGACUGAGCGAGCUGAUCAAUGCGUUUGGGGAUUAUAGCGAGGAUCUGAAGUUAAGCAAGAGCGAGAUGAGAAUGGCCAGGGAGGCGGCCACUCCAGCUCCAGCUCCGGCGGCAAAGGAAAUGGAACAAACAGGCAGAUAG